AUGGUGCUGAGCGGGGCUUUUCUGCCCUCGCCCCCCCCGGCGCCCACCGCCCCCGCUCCCCCCCGGCCGCCGGCCCUUCGAGGAGGGGAGGGGGGGAGGGGGGAAGCGCACGGCCCCAGGUGGGGGGGGGGACACGGGGACCCGACGGGAUGGAGAGCCGCAGGGACCGGCUUUAAAACAUGCCGGAGACGGGGGAAAGGCGAAGCGGCCGGCUCGGGGCGCCGGGAGCUGCCGGCGGCCGGGAGGCGCACGGGGGCUGUGGGGCCGCUGGGGCGGGUGCGCCCCGUCCCUCCGCCUUCCCCUCCCGGCGGCUCCCGGCCCUUCCCUUCCCUUCCCCUCCCUUCCCUUCCCCUUCCUCCGCCCCUGCCCUCCCCUCCGCCCCGCACUUCAAACGCCGGGGGCGGCCCCGCCGCGCUCCGGGCCCCCCCUCCCGGGACGUGGCACCGGCCCCCGGUGCUGGUGCUGAGCCGCGGGUCGGGUUGGGGAGCCCCCCGGGGGGGGAGAGGGGAGCGGUGCCCUCCGCCGGGGGGCCCCCUCUCGGCGGCCGGAGCACGGUGGGCACGGCCGCUGGGGGAGAGAAGUCGCGAAACGGAGAGCUGGGGAUGGAAAAGCGGGCAUCCUACAGCACAUGCCCACGUGUUGGGUGGGGAAGGAGCCGUCUCUUCCCACAGCCAUGUGCCUCUCAGAGCCCAGCAUGCCCAGGACAGCGAGGGUCUCCAGCCUGAGACACAACGGGGGUGUACACAACCCCUUGCUCUGAAGGACGGUGAUCUGCCCUGCGCACGAAACAUCCUUUUCUCAGCCUCUGCCUUCCCCGUGGAUUGGGCUGCCUUCUUUCUUGGUGAGCCUGCUUUUACCCUCUUUCUCCCAGUUCUCCCUCAAAUCAGUCUCGCAGCUGGCCUGGCUUCUAUGAGCAGGAGCAGGGGAGUCCCAGCCACACACAUCCCCUCUCCACUGGGGAAAGGCUGCUCAGUCCCAGGCAACCUCUGCCGCAACAGAAGCCACAGAAAACAAAAGAGCAGCUCUGUGCUCCCUUCACUCACAUCCUCAUAGACUUGCCAGGUAAGAAGCAUUUUCCUUUCCUUCUCACAGGCCCCCAUCAUUCAGACAACCCUUUCCCCAGGAACUCAACCUGAUAUGAGCCAGUGCCCUGGAAAGAUGAUGGUGAAAGCACCUUGGUGGUGCGGGUCAUCACAUCAACAUGUGCAUCUACUAUGAAGGCAGAAUCCCUCCUGCAAGUUCGCAGAGGGGCCCAGCUCUGAACUAGGCUCUGUGGCAUUACCCUGAGAUGAGCCAUGAGUGCCCCCCAUACACACAGCACCCACAGGCUGAAUAGCAAUGUAGUUAUAGCACCAGCUCAGGGCAGGAUUAGUGCAGCAUCUGUGAUACCCUGCUCCGUGUAGAGCAUAGUUUACCCUUGUGAAGUUUGAGGAAGGCAGAGGUAGUGCCAGGGAAGAAAUCCCAGCAGGAGAAGGUAGCGGAACAUGCUCUUUGUAGCAGGGUGUCCUAUUGUACUGGUGAUCAGCCAAAGCUUGAAUGGCUGGGAUGGGAGAAGGCACCUUGUCAUGCGCAGGUAAUAGGUCACACAGCAUGAGGAGCCCCAGCUGUAGUUUGACUGCUUUGUUCCACCAGUCCUCUUCGCAGGACAAGCAUGUACCACCCCUUCAUUAGCUGUUUCCUUUAACUUGGAUUCAAAGUUCUAGAAAAGCUUUAUAUAGAGGCAAAGAUUGUCACCUUACCUGAAUGCUCACGGGCAUCGCCUUCUAGUUUUCAUCUUGUCCAACUCCAGCAGAAGAGGCUGGGGCACUUGUACCCAACUCAGGUGCUUCAGUUUCUUCCUGUGUGCGCCCAAUGGCCAGCCCACACACUUGCUCUGCUUCAGGGUUUUCUGCAGGAUGGACAGCCAUAGAAAAGUUAUGAGCCACAUCAUGGUCUGCUG